CGCCUCGGUUACUGAACAAGGAAGUCCCGAGUGGUGGGCGGGAGACGGCAUAUAGAACCCUGCUCUUCCUCGGUGCUCACUCCACUGUCCCCACGACUCGAGCUGCUCAGUCUCUAUAGUGUAUAUAUUAAUCAGUGCUGUAGAACCAUGGCGUGGGAUGGCUAUAUAACCAACCUGAUGGCGGGAACACCUCCCUUCGUGGAAGAGGCAGCUAUCUGUGGGUCUGAGGCGGGGAAGGAGUCGGUCUGGGCAGCAACACCUGGAGGUCAACUGGCUGGCGUGACUGCUGCAGAGAUCAAGGCCAUGAUGUCAUUGGAUCGUUCUCCUCUGUUCGCCAGUGGUCUUCAUCUCAGUGGGAACAAGUGUACUGUCCUUAGAGAUAAUCUCCAUACUGAUGGCGACCACACUUUAGAUGUUAAGAUGAGACCCACCGCUACUGAUACCAACUCCUACAGCAUCACCAUCGCUAAGAGUGGCCAGACUCUGAUCAUUGUUAAAGGGAUGAAGGACAUUCCUGGAGGAAAGAUCAACAUAAAGGCCUCAGACAUGAUGCAGUACCUGAGGAAGAGUGGCUUCUAACCCCUGACCUUUAUCCCCUGACCCCUGAACUCCC